AUGGCCCUCAAUACUCCGUUCAUCGGAGAGAUGCUGAGCCCGAAUGACAGGUCGAGAGACACCGCGGCUCAUUUGUUACCAGCCUCUAUCAGGUCCCUACAACAUGGCCUUGUUCGCCCAACGGACGACACGGAAUCAUUCCUACAAAAGGAUCUCUGUGUAGAUAAACUCAACAAGAUUGACCAGUAUUUAUGGCUGGCUGGUCGGCCUAUGCCUCCAAGGCCUCUGAAUUAUCAAAUUGCCACCUCCCGUGAGAUCGUGGUGGACGAGAGAAUUGACAUGCAUCUGGUAUGGGAAUAUUCGCGGCGCCUUCAUCUCAAACCCAUCCCCCGAUACCUCUUGAGUCCUAAAUUUUGGGAGUCUCAUCUUCUAACUUGCAUGAAAUCAUGCUGUGUCCCUCAACGAUCCCAGCACUACCCUGAUGUCUCUGUGCCAAUCUCAACUACCAAAUGUACAAAAGAACUAUAUAAAUGUGCAUGUGGAUUCCUACUGUCCUAUCUUGCGCUAAUUCAGUUUGAAUGUGACCUUGCAAUUGCGCAUACCUAUCAUCUGCUGCCGAAGGAGAUCACAUGGGAGAAAUGGCUUACAUUCGCCCACGAGCUACUGGAAGGUGAAGCUCCCAAACCUAACAAUAUCAAUUCGCGGUAUCUGUUUGGCGAGCUGAGACUAUCGCAACUUAACAAGAUAUACGCUCUGCGGUAUGGUGAAAUAUUAAGAGGGUACCAAUUCACCUACCAGACAUACGGGGAGCUAUUCCGCGACUAUCUCACCCCAAUCACUGCUGCGACCAUUUACAUGGCACUGGUUCUGACGGCAAUGCAAGUUGGACUGGCUACCACCUAUCUAGAAGGCAAUCCCUCAUUCCAGAAUGCGUCUUCGGGGUUUACAAUUUUCUCCAUCCUCGGACCCCUGGUUGGCAUCUUUUUAGUGGGUACGAUUGGGGUCUUUCAAUUCUUCAAUAAUUUAUUGGAGACAAGAGAGUUCAAACAGAAACGUUUUGGUCAAUUCGCAAAGGGGAUGAUGUGA